AACGCAAGCUUUCAGUUCAGUUCCAGCUGGUCAAGCGGUCACAUUACACACAAGUCGUACAUACGAUUGAUCUGGUAGUUUCUCGGGUCUCUGCUGUCGGAACAACAAUAACGACUACAAAAACUGCAGCAACAAAGUUUCCUUUGGACGUACAGCCUUCUCGGUACAGGAUUGUCGUUCCGCUCGUUUCCAUCGUGAUUGAUUGGAAGAAGAUUGUGCGGUUGUGUUGCUGUGAAGUACUUGACUUUCUUUGUUCAUUUGACGGAAGAAAUUGCGUUCAGAUUAUUCCUGGGUGGUGGUGUAUUUUGGCGUGUUACAUACUAAAAAAAUCAUGUAAACACUUCUGGAAUCCAUCAUCGACAGUGGGAAGAAUCCGACAAACUGUUUACGGCCACUGCGGUCCGCCCGACGAAAAAAAGUGAACCAACAUUGAAACAGUGUUUAUUGUGCAUCUAGAAACAUACUGGAACUGGCAUACGAAACAAAAAAACGAAAGAACCGAUCUGUGUGAGUGGUGUAAGUGCAACGGAAAAUUUAAUCGCUAUCCAUUACUACCCUUUCGACCAGACAGGCAACCAGGUGGAAGGAUCGAAUUUGAAUUACCGAGAAGUGCGCGGUUGCUCGUUUUAUUGUCCUCGACAGAAUCCGUGAAUUGCCUAGAGUGGACUUUUCUAGCUUUUAAUCAUUAGUGUCCGUUUAUGGCUGCUAAGAUGAAUCUUUCGUUCGCCGGAUGCGGUUUUCUGGGAAUCUAUCACGUUGGAGUGGCGGUUUGCUUUAAGAAGUAUGCUCCUCAUUUAUUGCUGCACCGGAUCAGCGGGGCUUCCGCGGGAGCUUUGGCGGCAUGCUGUUUGCUGUGCGAUAUGCCCUUAGGCGAAAUGACAUCGGAUUUCUUCCGGGUAGUGAACGAAGCCCGCAGUCAUUCGCUGGGUCCAUUCAGUCCGCGCUUCAACAUCCAGACUUGUCUGCUGGAGGGUCUGCAGAAGUUUCUGCCUCCGGAUGCACACGAACGCGUCAACGGUAAACUGCACAUCUCCCUGACCCGGGUUUAUGACGGCAAAAAUGUAAUUGUUUCGCAGUUCAACAGUCGCGAGGAUUUGCUACAGGCCCUGCUAUGCGCUUGCUUUAUUCCGGUGUUCUCCGGAAUCCUACCUCCUCGCUUCCACGGCGUUCGCUACAUGGACGGAGCUUUUUCCGACAAUUUGCCCACGCUGGACGAAAACACGGUCACGGUGAGUCCGUUCUGCGGCGAAUCGGACAUAUGCCCGCGAGAUAACAGUUCGCAGAUGUUUCACGUCAACUGGGCCAACACUAGCAUCGAGCUGUCCAAGCAGAACAUCAAUCGCUUUAGACGUAUUCUAUUCCCCCCGCGACCAGAAAUUCUGUCAUCGUUCUGUCAGCAAGGUUUCGACGAUGCGUUGAAUUUCCUGCAUCGGAAUAAUCUGAUCAGUUGCACCAGGUGCCUAUCAGUUCAAUCGACCUUCUGCGUUUCGGACCAACCGAAGCAGUUGGAAGAGCAAUUGCUCGAGGAGUAUGACCCGGAGUGCAGCGAAUGUAAAGAAUGCACCCAGCAUAGACAGAAUGCCAUUGGAGGAAGUAUGCCGGAUACGGUUUUGACCGUAUUUCAGACCUACAUGGACCAGGCGAAUAAAGGACUGAUGAAUUGGGUGUUCAGGCAUCGAGGGGCGAAACUGUUAAAGGCGUUGUCUCUUCCAGCCACAUUGCCAGCGGAUAUCGUGUGCGCCACCUUAGCUAACGCCGUUGGUUCGGAUGUUGAGCGAAGUCAGUUUCGCUACAAGGUUCUAGGGAACAUAGUCUGUCCACCCACUGGCAGUCAGCUGGCAAGUCAACCGGCCAAUCCGGCCUGUCGCCGGUGUCUUGCACGAAAGCAGCAAGCACUGAACAAUGAUAGAAGCACCGUGCACAUUCGUGUCGUCAAUCAAGCGGUUGCGAAGGAACCGUUGGUUCGGAAGCUAGAAUUGAGAAUGAAACGACUGAUGGUAGCAACUCCCGCAAUCGGCAGCCAGCUGUGGUCCGUGAGUCAGUUUGCCCUCAAAACCCUUAACUCGAUCCUGAUCAGAAUGCCAUGGGGACACCAGCUUAGUGCCAACCUUCAGUGUCAGAUCGCAUACACCCAAUAUUCCGGCCCGCAGUGGUUGACUUCCAAAGGCAAGCGCGUUAGUCACCGAGGCAGCUCGCUGUUGGAUAUCCGCGUGGACAAUGGUACUGAGCUGAUAUCGGUGAUCACUGGUGAGAACAAUAAUGAAUUGAUAGAGCCACACCAUCAUCACCGCCAGCACACGAAAGGACACGAUGAGACCCACGAUGAGGAUCACCCGGAUUACGAUACGUUUAAUCACAUUCUGCAGGCGAUAUCGCACCACGAUGCGAUGUAUGCGUACUACUAUAUGGACGACAACAAUGAGGUAAAGGUGACGGAAAUUUUCGACAUGACGGAAGACGCCAGCCCGGCCAUCCAGACAGUUCAGGAGCGAGAACUGAACCAGCAGCUAGAGUUUGACAGCGAUUGGGAAACGACACAGCCAGAUUUCCUCUUUUCAGACCCAUACAGCGGAAACAAUAUGAUCGACCUGGACGAGCUGUUCGAUCCGUGCCUGUACAACAACCACCAGCAGCACCAUCAGCAUCAGCAUCAGCAGCAACAGCAGUACCACAGCCAUACCCAGUCACAGUCUUAUCCUCAUACGCACCACCACCAGCAGCACCGUCGCUCCGUCGGCAGCCAUUAUCAGCCAUUCCAGCCACAGAACAUAGUCGAGGGAAGCACGGAACUGUCCUGCGUCCAGUGGCAGUGCUCUCAGAUCGAGAUCGGAGAGUUGUCCAGCGAUGACAACUAUCUGCAGCCGGAAGCCGACCAGCAGCAGGCCUUGAUUUCUGAAGCGGCAGCACUGCUGCUAAGUAAGCCCCAAUCGUCCUCGGCUUACUCGCUCAUAGAGAUGUGAGUUUGAACACACACUUACACACACAGGAAUUGUACAGUUACCAUAGACAGUGAGGCGUUUAGUAGUAUUUCCAGUGUACGACGAGUGCACACUAUGUUGAGACUAAAAGCAUUGAUAGCGCGAGAAAAUUGUUUUCUCGUAUACUACGAACGACAAGUGUGUUUCGUUUUUAUCAAAGUCAAAACCAAAAAGAAAAGGGAUAGGCAGGAACCUAUACUCACUGAACUUAUAUCGCUAUUGUUGAUUUUAUAUUGUUCAGGACAAGUUCCAAGCUAAGCAAAGCGCAGACGUGACGAUUUUAGGAAUUUGAUUUAUACAUGUUCUAAUCAAAACUAUCAGUUUUCGAACCGUAUUUGUUUUAGUGAACUGAUUGUGAUGUUUUAAUUCUAAAUUAGAUAGUUAGAAAAAUAGUGGCAAGUAAUAGUACGUAGCUAGCAACGAAAUGAAAGCUUUUCAUGGCUGUGCAAUAAUAAAAUGAUUUGUAAUCGGGGCCAAGAAAUCCGAAUCGUUUACCAAUCCACUGUACCUUUACCAGUAGAGUGAUGCCAAGCACGAUUCUUGUUUUAUGUUCGAUAGAAAGCGAAUAGCAGUUGCGUUUUAUAUGUUGUCAUAGUGUUUAGGUCGCUCUGAAAUUAUCUCUCUAGUGUUACACUUUGCGGAGUCUCUGCGAGGUGUAAACUGUACAUUUAUCAUUCAAAUAUUUUAUUUAUCGUCAAGAGUAGUAAGUGAAACAGAAGCUCCUAUAUUUAUACAUGAUAUUUUACAGAACAAUAAAUGGCUAUAAUGACAA